UACAGAGCGGCAACAGGAUCCGCUUCACCACCGCCUUUCUCCCGCGCUCGCUGUCAUCUGUGCACGCGUCUUUGCCGUGUGCAAAGUUGCAGGACUAUUUGUGAGAUAAUACAAGUCCUGUACGACACUUAGCCCUCCGCGUGAACUACAAAGGCGAUCUGGACCGUUGUAAAUCCACCACUAUGUGAAAUACAACAAGAAGAAAACAGAAUGUCUUACAAAGUGUUUGGAAUUUUUUUUCGAGGAUUGUUUUUUUUGCUGACCUCGUUGAUUUAGGGAAAACAUUUAUAUAUAUACAAAUUGCAGCCUGAUAAGGAAAAGCCGCUCGAAUUUCAAACCACAUUGCCAACAUUGGAUGAGACCGCGGCGCCCGGAUCUUGUGCAAUAAGGGAAAUGGUGGUUUCGGACGGAAUACAACAGUUUUGCUUUAAAUGGAGAACUGCUCAGAGGGGAUAAAUUGUGUGCAAAGUUGUGCUGCUUUCUGCUGAGGGAGCUAUCCAUCCGGCUUCCACCGAAUUACCACGAGUCCGAGGAGAGACAUGGGGCCGCUCCGGUGGAUGGGACUCACCGCGCUUCUCCUGUGCACAGUCGUGGACACCAAGGUGAUCCUGGAGGGUUUGCAGAGGCUUGGCCCCACACCAAUAUAUCUACCUGUCAGCUACCGGAUCCUCAAUGCAGAGUCAGCGUUCUUUUUACAGGAAGCAAACCAGGACUUAAUGAGGAACUCCAGCCUCCAGGCUCGCACGGAGUCCUUUUUCAUCCACCAGGCCCGGCAGAUGCCCUUUGUCAAUGCUAGCUAUGGACCACUGUCUGUCCAGCAGCCUGUCCCCCUGGAGCUGCUACAGACUUCGCCAGGGCCCUUUAGCACACCCUCUUUCACUUCAUCCUCAACAACAUCAGCGUCGGCAUCGCCUCUCUUUACAUUCAACUGGAAGGUGCACACUUACAUUAUCAGCGAGAGGAUUCACCCUAGCUGGCCGAAAGUUCAAGUGCUGUUCUAUAUUGCAGGCAGGGACUGGGAUGAUUACAGCACCAUCCACAAGCUACCCUGUAUCAGGAUGUUUGCCUUUCAUGAGACUCAAGAGGUGCGUGGAACAUGCAAGCUAAAAGGCGAUCUGGGGAUAUGUGUUGCCGAGCUGGAGCCCCUGGCCAGCUGGUUCAGCCCACCUACUGUCAGGCCUGGUAGGCAGAAGGUCUCCGAGGAAGCCCAAGGCACUCCGGUGGAGCUCUACUAUAUGGUUCAAACCACAGAUAACGGAGACUGCACUUCAGAGGAUUCGAGAAAGGGCAGCUCUGUCCUCACAGACCAGCCGAGGCCGUUAGGGUACUUUGCAGGGCAUACCCCUAUGCAGCGCAUUGGAAGUGUCAGACUGUUUCAGCCACUGUUGGAGCUGAAACUAGACAAUAACUUUGUGGUGAUGGCACCCUCCAAACCCAUUCGGCAGCGAGAAACAGUCUCAACUUUUCUGGCUCUAUCUGCUCUUUCUUCAGUACAAAUUUUCACCCUCAGGGUCAAGCUGAAAGAUGGAGUGGCGUUCUUGGGAGCUAGAGCCAGUAACCCAGUUAUGUGGACGGUGAGUCAGGAUGUCAGAAGUGAAGGUCACAGAGUUGUCACCCUGCACUGCCACAGGAAGGAGAACAGCUUCAGUCAAAGGUCCGUCUGA